AUGACCAUAGUUGACAAGACGUCUGAGUCCUCAAAGCCUUCGGCUUCUGAGAAGCAGCCUCUCAGCUCCGUGGCACCAGCUUCUGGAGAUAUGGACUCAGGCUCUGCAGGAUGGGGUGCUGUGUCGUCUUCUCUGGAAGCGCCAAAACACAAAAUCACUUUGGGACCAGUACCAGGAGCUGCUGUAUAUUCUAAUUCAUCUGUACCUGAUAAAUCCAAGGCCUCAGCUCAGAAAGAUUUGUCGAUUGGUGAUGGCAUCGCAGCACCCCAGAAGGUCCUUUUCCCAGCAGAUAAGAUCAGCUUAAAAUGGCAAAAAAUGCACAGAGUUGGAGCUGGUCUCCAAAACCUGGGCAAUACGUGCUUCCUGAACUCAGCUUUGCAGUGUCUGACCUACACCCCGCCACUUGCCAACUAUAUGCUUUCUCACGAACACUCCAAAACAUGUCAUGAGCAAGGAUUUUGCAUGAUGUGCACCAUGCAGAGUCACAUCACCCAGGCCCUUUCGAAUUCUGGCAACGUUAUCAAGCCAAUGCCUGUCAUAAAUGACCUUCGACGGAUAGCAAAGCAUUUCCGUUUUGGCAAUCAGGAAGACGCACACGAAUUUCUACGGUACACUGUUGAUGCUAUGCAGAAAGCAUGUUUGAACGGUAGCAACAAAUUGGACAGACAUACUCAGGCUACCACGUUCAUUCACCAAAUAUUUGGAGGGUAUCUAAGAUCUAGAGUAAAAUGCAUGAACUGCAAAGGAGUUUCAGAUACAUUCGAUCCUUAUUUGGAUAUUACGCUAGAGAUAAAGUCUGCUCAAAGUAUCAAUAAAGCUCUGGAGCAGUUUGUCAAACCAGAACAGCUUGAUGGUGAAAAUGCCUAUAAAUGUAGCAAAUGUAAAAAAAUGGUUCCUGCGUCAAAGCGGUUUACCGUACAUCGAGCCUCAAAUGUCCUCACCUUGUCCCUGAAGCGAUUUGCAAAUUUCAGUGGUGGCAAAAUCACGAAGGAGGUAAAAUAUCCCGAGUAUUUGGAUAUUCGGCCAUAUAUGUCCCAGCCAAAUGGAGAGCCAAUUAUUUAUGCAUUGUAUGCCGUUCUGGUCCACACUGGCUUCAGCUGUCAUGCAGGACACUACUACUGUUACAUUAAAGCCAGUAAUGGGCAGUGGUAUCAGAUGAAUGACUCCACAGUCUCAAACAGUGACAUCAGGACGGUAUUGAAUCAGCAAGCCUAUGUGCUUUUUUAUAUCAGGUCCCAUGACAUGAAAAACGGUGGCGAACACAUUCAUUCGGCUCACACUCCAGGGCAGUCUUCUCCCCGGCCAGUCAUUAAUCAGCGAGUGGUCAAUAAUAAACAGACUGCCCCAGGAUUUAUCGGGCCACAGCUCCCUCCCCACAUGAUUAAGACGUCCAAUCAUCUGAAUGGAACUGGAUCCCUAAAAGAGACGGCCAGCAGUUCUGCGAUUGCUAGCAAUGCCACCCUCAGCAGGCCGUCUUCUGCCCCUCCGGCCACAUCCAUCCCAAACUGGACUAUGAACAGGCCCGCCACUGCUACCGCGCCUGACCCUUCCAAAAAACAAAAAAUAACCAUCAGUAUUCAUAAUAACAAGCUGCCUGGUCGCCAAAGUGUCUCUCAUGCCAGCUGUACCUUGGACAACCUGAACAAGCCAGCCCCGUCCUCAACCAUUUCCAACCCUUCUGCAGUGCAAUCUACCUCAAGUGCUUCGACAGCAUUGGCUGCUAACCAGGUCCCCAAACAGACCGCUCCUAGCGAACCCUCUUCCAAGCUGGUAGUGAAUGGCAAGUCCAAACUCAGCCCCAGCAUGUUGGUCCCUUAUGGGGCUGAGUCUUCAGAAGACUCUGACGAGGAACUGAAAGGACUAGUGAAGGAGAACGGCCACUCCAAACCUUUCAAUGGCAUUUUAACUGAAAAGGCAUCCACGGUGUUAGAGAGCUCCUGUUCGUCUUUUCACAAUCCUGAGAAGGAGGUACCGCCACAUGAGCCACCCAAAAACAUUACAGUCGUCUUUUCCAUUAGUCUAAAUGAUUCCUCUAAACAAAAUGGACAAAUAUGCAAUGAUUCCACUUGCCAAGCAAAGCCUGUGAAAUCGUCAGAAAACCCAUUUUCCAAAACAAAUGGAUUGCCUGGAAAAGGUACACCCAUAGCUUUGACGCCUGUUCCUGAAGACAGGAUCGUAGACUCUUUCAGAUACAAUCAGCUGAAACCUUUUUCAGGAGACAUAAGUGCUAGUGGAUCAGAAAAACCUUUGGAAGAGGGUGGCUGUUCUGAAAAGGUUCCCUGUCCCCUCACCAGUGAUGUCCAGAAUCUGUUAGCUCCUUCGGACCCUGAAAUCACGUCUACCACAGAAGACCCCUGUGAAAGGGUUCCCUCCCAAACAGGUGCCGUGCCUCUUGAGAGCCUUGGGCAGCACGGCCUUCCAUCCACCCCCCUGAGAGCAAAAGAGGACUUCCCUGGAGAGAGCAAUGUGGAGGACCACGCAGAAAAGACGAGAGGACCAAAAGAAGGGAAGGCAGCUUGGGAAAAGAGCGCCGAAGUUGCCAGAGGAAACGCCGAUGCAACAGAAAAAGGGCCACAGAGCCCUCUUUUAUGGGCUGACAGUGAAUGUAGUUCUCAAAAGCUUGUUGCUCUAAACAUGGCAGACAAAUGCCAGGAAACGCAAGACAAUGUGAAAAUGUAUGAGGAUGCCUCGCCUACUGAAAACUCCUGCACUUUGAGGCCAAAUGUGGUUGGGGAGAGUUCGAAGGAUGACCAAGGAGAGAAUAGUGAACAAUUCAAAGGAAACACAGACAGGCAAGAACUGAGAUCCCAUUCUCCCUUCAGGGAGAAAGUUUGCACCUCCAGAAAAACUGACAAAGAGCACUAUCGUUCAAAAAGGAAGCACUCGGAAAGCGAGGAGGAGGUGGAGGCGACAGCAGGAGCGUCUUCCCGGAGCCAGGCGGAGGGACACCACAACAAGAAAAGGUGCUCCUACAGCAAGGAGAGAGUGAGGCCACAGGAGCAUUAUCGGCGCGAACAUUACAAUACAAACUAUUAUAGGUUCCCAUGUAGCCCGGAUCCUGGGAGAAAUUUCGGGAAAUACCCCCCUUAUAGAUCACGCAGCCGAGGGAAAACAGAGUCUGAAAGGAGCAGACAUUGUUAUGAACGGUCUUGGAGUCGAGAGAGAUAUUAUCAAGAUGUGCCCAGGAGAUGGGAAGGCUGUCGAUCUUCCGAUUACUAUUAUCCUUCCCACGUCCCCAGGUAUAAUCAGGAUAAAAAAUUCACUCUUUGUGAAAGAGACUAUAACAAGUCGAGUCAUGUUUACAAUAGCCCAUAUAAGUAUGAUUAUUAUAAAAACAGAUGGACUCAUGACCAGGAAAGGAAAAGGAAAUGCCAGAGUCCUGAGGGGAGCCAGGGCACCCCAGAGAAGAGGCCCCAAAAGACCGUGCAGAGUGAAUCUCUGGAUGAGCAGAGAGGGCGGAAACACAAGAAGUCCAAGAAGAAGAAGAAGUUGAAAGACAAACACAGAGAAAGAGAUCACAGGCAUCACCAGGAUUCUGACCCGUCGGCAUCCAGCUCUGAGGCUGAGGUUCACAGGCAUAAACACAAGAAAAAGAAGAAGAAAAAGAAGAAGCGUACGAAGAAAUCCGAAGACUGUAGUGAAACUCUGGUCCCUUCCCUUCCAAAGGCAACAAGUUUGGAAACCAAGAAUCUCAAAACCUGGGAGGCGACAAAGUCUUCUUUCGAGGCUUGUAGAAAGCAUGGCAGGGCCCACCAAGACGGAGACACAGCUGUUUGCCAGAAAACAAAAAGUAUAGAAGGCUGCAACAGAAAUGGCUCCUCCCCUUCUACAGAUCAUAAUGUAGAUCCAGACUGUCCGCUGGAAGCCAUUCCACCACAGCUUGCAGGAUAUUUAUAAACCGCAAAGCGAUUAACUCUAUAAUUCAUAAUUGGUGCUUCAGAAAUACUGUACAGGAUUUUACCGUGGAACCCCCUUUUUUUUAGUUUUUACCUUGAGACUUUCUUUUUUAAAAAAUAACUGAAAUCCAAAAAAAAAAAAAAAAACACCGGGGAAACAAACAAACAAAAGAAGAUGGAAACUUUCUACAAUGGCUAAACGCCGUGAAACUUUACCCUGUAAAUGCAACACUUAGGAUUAAUGCCCUGGGACAGAACAUCUCAGAUGCUGCUUCAUUACAGACUCAGGUUGAUUGUGUUCUUCAUGUGCGAUUGCUCCGCGUCUACAUAUCUGGUGCAAGGAGCGAGGAAACAACCGAAUUAUCAAGCUGCAAUGCUCUCUAUUUAAUUUAAAGAAUUAUUUUUUAAAAAAUCACACACAACUUAGGAUUUUUGCAAGAGCUUCAUCUGUUCUCUGUGAUGUCUGCUACUAGAAACUCAACUUUGUUUCUUUUAUUUCCCCCCGUUGGAUUCUUGGAUUUUGCAAAGCGUGCCGUUCGGACUCUGCUUGUUUUUGAAUGUAUCUCACAACACGUUCAAAGCCCCCCUUUUGGCACUGCUCUGGAUGGGGCUGCCUCUAUAGGAGGCCCUCAGAGACCUCAAGGAGCCACUGAGGUGGGGAGGCUUCUUGCCUUUCCCCAAAGUCCUUGGGCUAGUGAGGUCUGCCCCUGGCAGAUGCUGGUCUCCCCAAUUGCACUGCUUCCCCACUCUGGUCUUCCCAACUCUUCGGCCAGGUUUCCCUUCACCACUGAAGGGUUUUUCUUUGCCCCUUUUUGUGGCCUUCUGCAUUCCCCUCCUUUCCCUCCAUUGAAUGUUUCUCCACCUCUGUUUUGUUUGCUCCCUCCUUCCCUUCCACAGUUGUCCCUGGCUCCUUUGCGCCCUCCUUCCAUUCCCAGACUUUUGGGUGACGGCUGCAGUUUCAAAAGCCUGUCCCUACCUCGGGCCGGCACGGGCCAGAAAGAGCUGUUCUCCUCCUCCCGUUGUUUUUAGAUCCUGUUUUUAUUUUAAUAUUGUAAUGUGAUGGUUGUCUUGACGGAUCUCAGUUCUCUGGUUUCUUUUUUGUCCCUUCAAAGUUUCUAGUUUCAGACACAUUCAUACUGUGAUUUAAUUUUUUUUAAAAUGAUGAAAUGCUAUCAAACUGUGAUACACUUAAUUCACUGGUCCUGCAUCAGGAGACGGAGUGGGGAAAACUGUAUUAAAUACAGUUCAUCUGAAUAAUCUGUCUGGUUUAUACAAGCUGUGUUGUUCAGAGAUGUCUCAAGUUUGAUCUUUGUUUUUUUAAAGAUAAAAGCACUUGCCCCACUUGUAAAUAUGGCAUGUAAAAUUUAUAUAGUAUAUAAAUACAGCAAGUCAAAAAAUGUU